CAGCCUUCAGCAUGAGUGACGUCUCACGGGUGUUUAACAGCUGAAGCUUUCCUCUGAACAGAGCUGGUUGCACCUUCAUAUCACGUCCUCCCAGAGUCCCUACCCACCUGUUUGCCUCUGACACACAUUUACUUUCAUGGCUGACUUCAGUGUGAGCUUUUAAAUGCUGUCAGGGGCCUCGUCUUUCUUAGCCGCUUUGGAGGUCAAUCUGCUUAAGGAUAUCUGUCCACUCAUGCACGUGCUCACAGUUUCCUUUCCUGCUAGUCAGAUGGCCUGAAAACACAACAUAUUACAAAUCCAUCUUGUGCUCCGGCUACUGUAAGCCACAUUGUAGAUUUUGCUGACCCAUCACAUCUGCUCAGUGUGGCCAUGUGUGUUUGUUGUGGAGUUAGUUAGGUAGCGCUAUCAUUUUAAUCUGCAGCUUUGCAAUGAAGAGGCCCAGCUGGAGCUGCUUACCCGUGCUGGUCACACGCCAUAUGUUUGCUCAGACGCAUGGAAACUGCCGCAAUUGCGCUCGCCUCCCUCCACCCCAACCAUUCUAACCGGUUGCACAGGCUUAUCGUGGCUUUAGCAUCUGUGCGGUAAAUGUAGGCCAUUGAUGUUUGCUUGUCUGGCUGGUGGUUUAAACCAGUGAACGCAAGCUGUGACUUUUAGUCGUUUGUGCGCUGUGCCGUGAUACCAUCUCUGCACGUCCACGAUGAAGCUGAGGUCCAGGAGUAGAGAAAGAAUGGAGACAAAAACAGAGGAAGAGGUGAAAUUUGAGGAGAUUGAAAUGAUUCCAAAGUCCGGAAAAUCUCCAGCAGACUCACGGAAAUCUGCCGGCAUUCAUGAGUUUGCAGCGCUUGCCAGAUCCUCCUUGAAUGGUAUCUCUCAGGCAGUGAGAGACCACAUGACAAAGCCCACCUCGCUGGCUCAGGGCCGGGUCGCUCACCUCAUCGAGUGGAAAGGUUGGCCUAAACCUGCAGCUCCUUCACUGGCCGCACACUCCCAGUUCAGCUCCUACUGCAAUCUGACUGAAGGGGAGAAGGAGGCUCGUUUUGCUGCAGGAGUGGCCGAGCAGUUUGCCAUCGCGGAGGCUAAGCUACGUGCUUGGGCAUCUGUGGAUGACGAUGAUGAGGAAGAUUUCAAUGAUGAAGACUCCCACAUCAGCGGACAGACUCACAUGGUAUCCAGCCAAAACUCAGAAGCCACCAUCUACAGUUCCACCUCUGGAGCACCGCCCGGGGUGGACCGGACUGAGACGCCACCAUCCGAUGGUCCCCUGGGCUCCCACAACAGCAGCCUGCCCUGUGGCAGGCUAGCAACUGAAAAUGCCCCACAGUCAUCACAAAGCAACUCACCCACUUUGCCCAGCGACUCCAUGAGUACGUGCCUGGAGGAGGAGGAGGAAGAGGAGGAGAGGCUGGAUAGCCUCGAGGAGCAGCCGGCUCCUUUGCAGGAGCACCGCAGCGAAGUGUGCAUCCACAGCAAGCCCGAGUGGAGGCCGAGGUGCAGGAGCAGCAGGUUUGACUCCUGCUACUCCACCUCUCACUCCGAGUCUCCUGGAGAGGAGGACGAGGAAGACGAGGAGGAAGAGGAAGGCAGCGUGUUUCACGAGGUCCGGGUGUGGCACUGCAGCCCCAGGAGCUUUUUCUCUGACCGGGCGUCUUCCGGGGUGGCGUCAUUCGAUGAGGAAGAAGAAGAGAGAGAAGAAGCAGAAGGAAAAAAAGAGUAUUUGAUGUGAUGUGUCGUCCACCUUUUUGUCCCCUUGAGUCUGUGUUGAUUCUGGAUAUUAUGCUUCAUCCUUACACCUCUCCUCCUCCUCCUCUUCUCCUUCCUCCUCCACUCAUUCUGUCUCCUGUCUCUCAUCCUCCAAGCCUUUCAUACUGAUCUUGCUCCACUGUUUAUCGCUGCUGUAAACAGUCAAUAUGUUGAGAGAGUUCAAUCAGAAUGUAAUGCUGUUGUUCACUAAGUUUUGUACGUUUAUUUUUUGUGUGUGUGUGAACAGUCAUGUGUUGCUAUUGCAUUGGUUUUCUAUGGAUAUUUUCUAGUGUUGUUUCCUCUGGGUCACGCUGUGUCACGUGGGUUGGGCUCUGUUUGAUAUUGAAUGCCUGAAUGUCUUGCAUAUAUAAAUAUGAGUUUUUGAAAGAA